AUAACUUUAGUAAUUAAAAAUGGCAGCUUCCUUGCUUAGUGGAAACAUUGAAAUUUGAUUUGUUGGGACUUUUGCAAACAUGUAUUCUAGGUCAUUGAAAGUUAUAUGUGGUAUAUCGGCUGGAGUUGCUAGUGUUGUGUAUGUCCAGAAAGUCAGAAGUGCAGAAAAAACAAACAAUUUUACCGGGUUUAUUCCAGAAACAUCCAAUGAAUCUUGGACUUCGAACUACGUGCCGAGUGUCAAGUGGGACUAUAACUGGGACAGAAGGCUACCAAAGAGUGUAGUUAAGCCACCUAGUAAAAAGAAAGAUGCCAAUGUCGAUGAUGAAGUAUAUCAGCAGAAGCUAGCAGAAGCAAAACCAACAGCUACUCGGCAUUUAAUAUUGAUUCGUCAUGGACAAUAUAACAUGGAUGCAGAAGACGACAAAAACAGAACAUUAACACUUAAAGGUCGUGAGCAGGCCAACAUGACCGGUCUUCGAUUGAAAGACAUGAAUCUACCAAUCAACGUGAUUCACAAUUCUACAAUGACGAGAGCUAUUGAGACGGCUGAUAUAAUUACGAAGCAUUUCCCUGACGUGCCCCGCACAUCUUGUGACUUGCUACGUGAAGGAGCUCCUAUACCUCCUGAGCCUGCUGUUCUGCAUUGGAAACCUGAAGCAACGCAGUUCCUUCAAGACGGUGCAAGGAUUGAGGCCGCAUUUUACAAGUACUUCUAUCGAGCCAGCGCAGACCAAACAACUGACAGUGUAGAUGUAUUGGUAUGUCAUGCUAAUGUCAUCCGAUAUGUUGUUUGCAGAGCUUUACAGUUACCACCAGAAGCCUGGCUACGCUUUAGUUUAAAUCAUGGUAGUAUAUCGUGGGUGUGCAUACGUCCUAGUGGUAGAGUCUCUGUUCGCAUGCUUGGAAAUUCUGGCUUUAUGCCAUAUGAUAUGGUUUCAGUCACAUAGUGCUUUAAAUAUAAUAAUUUUUUUACCUAAUUAUCUUGAACAAUAAACUUGAGUUAUUUACAUUGUCCUG